CUCUGCACAACCAUACCACGCCCUUCCAGUCACUAACAUGGCCGUCACCAGGGAGUGAGUCCAAGGAUUUUGAGACGGAUAUUAUUUGAUUCCGCUUAUUAACUCUUGAUGAUAAACGAUGUUACUUGCAGGUCGUUGAUGUUGCAGCUUUAUAAUAUCCCCUUGAAUGUAAGAAGAGAGAAGCCCCUCGCUCUCAUUGAUCACAGCUCUCUGGACAUUAACAAAGACAGCGUCCCUCAGACUGGCAGUGCCCGCAGGUGCAGUGUCUUGGAGCAGGGGGCAGCGGUUGCCUUCCUCUGCCAGCAGAACUGGGAUCGGGACAAGUGUUGAGUGUAACCACCAGCUCUGGGCGUCUGGACAGAGUAUGGUGAAAGACAGCACCUGCCAUGGAGCUACAGGAUAAGAAACAGGAGGAGGAGACGGCAACUCCACUGGGACUGUCCACGGCUCAGGCUCUGUGCACCCUACGGGACCAGCUGUCCAACUUAUUGGGGCAACACCAGAAAUUCAGCCGCCGCAGACCCACCAUACAGGAGCUGUGGGCCAAAAGCUUCCUCCAUCAUGGUGACCGGCAUUCGUGCUUCCAUUGGCCUGGAGCUGUUCUUACUCUGGUUGUGGUGGUGGGGCUGUUGUCUUGUCACGGCAGCCAGCCGGAGGGCAGUCAAGGCAUAGAGCUGGUGAACGCUGGUGCGCUCUUCCUCCUGCUGCUGCUCAACCUCUUCCUCAUCGGACGGCAGCAGAGGUUACGAAUAAGUGAGAUGGUGCGGCGGCUCAAGUCCAUCAUCUCACAACUGAACGAUUAUUUGGAGAGAAGUGCAGGACAUCCAAUCAGAUGGGCCCCGUCUCUGUACCCUGACCUCUACACUCCCACCUCCCCUUCGUGGUCGCUGCAUUGGACGUUCAGGGAUGAACAGCUGGUCAAUCUACCUGUCAGCCUCCUGGUGGAAGGUGAUGUCAUCGCACUUAGGCCCGGCCAGGAAGCCUUUGCAUCUCUCAGAGGCAUCAAGGACGACGAACACAUUGUACUUGAGCCAGGAGACCUUUUUCCACCUUUCUCCCCUCCUCCCUCCCCACGCGGGAAUGAGCGCAGGGGUCCCCAUAGCCCUCAGCAGUACCGCCUCUUCAGAGUGGUGCGCACACCUAUACUCGACAGCGUCAGGAACAGUCUUGACCUGGCUCUCUCCCGUCCAAUCACAGCCCUCGAUAAUGAGCGCUUCACAGUGCAGUCAAUUAUUGCCAAAUUCGCCUGUCCUGCUGUAUUGGUGGCCUUUUUCUCUAUGAAUACAAUCCGAUACUUCUGUGACACUCCUGGUCUCACCCCUGGACCCUUCAACUUCCUUCAGUUGCAGAUGAUGGGUGUGUUGCCCAUUUUACCUCUGCUGUUUCCUGUAAUGUGGGUUCUGGUGAACGCAUACGGAGAGGCCCGUGUGUUAGCAGAGUCGAGCCGUAAUUCUCCUACUGGCCUGCUUGCUAAGUUUUCUGAGGACACUCUAAGCAGCUACACGGAAGUGGUGUCCUCCCAGGAGAUGCUACGCUGUGUGUGGAGACACCUGGUCAGUGUGUUGAAGGGAGAGUCCCAGACCCUGUGUUAUACCUCCAGUCUGCUGCACACAUUGGGUUCAGUCACUGUGCUGUGCUGUGUGGAUAAGCAGGGUAUCCUAUCCUGGCCCAAUCCCAGUCCAGAGACCGUACUGUUCUUCAGUGGACGAGUCGAACCUCCUCAUGACAGCCAGGAUGACCUCAGAGACGACCUGUCAGUCAAUUCCCUCUGCAGGACAGAGGGCGAGGAGGAUCGAGAUGAGCCUCAGGAAGGCGAAGCACUGCUGUGUUUACCAGCGUUUGAACCCCCCCUCCACAUGGCCGAGCAGGAACCCAGUGAGACGUCACACGACACUGCCCGCUCCUCGGACACCCAACGCCAGCGACGAGGACCCCAAACCACCCGUUCCAAACACCCAUCGGGCUCCAAUGUCAGUUUCAGCCACGACACUGAGGGUGGAGAAAAUGACUUUGUUCAGCAAUGUGGUCUUGGUGAUGAUUUGUGUGAGGCAGAUGAUUUCGUGUGCGACUAUCAUUUGGAGAUGUUGAGCCUGUCUCAGGAUCAGCAGAACCCCGUCAGCAUCCAGUUUGAUGACUCUGGUUGGCAGAAUCACCUGUCCUCCUUGAAGCCCCUUGGUUUGAACAUCCUGUUGAAUCUGUGCAAUGCCACCGUCACCCAGCAGCUCUGCAGAUUCUCGGAUCACCUGUCCAACCUGGCGCUGCAGGAAUGCCACGGCGCGGUUCUUCCUGUUCACGUGCCUUGGGGGCUCUGUGAAUUGUCUCGCCUUAUAGGUUUCACUCCGGGUGCGAGGGAACUAUUUAAACAUGAGAAUCAUCUGGCUCUGUACCAGCUUCCUUCUGGAGAAAAGGCCAAAGAAUCUGCCCCCCGGCGCCUCCAUCACUUUACCAAACGCCAGCCCCCCAUCAGUCACCUCAUUAGUCUGUUUGUCAGGGACAACACUACCAAUAAUGUACAGAUGCUCUCCCACGGCUCGGCUGACCUCAUCUUGGAAGCCUGCACUGAUUUCUGGGAUGGGGCGGAUAUCUAUCCACUGUCUGGCUCGGAUAGGAAAAAGGUACUAGAUUUCUACCAACGUGCCUGUCUGUCGGGAUAUUGUUCUGCGUUCGCCUAUAAGCCUAUGCAGGUCACACUGUCUGGACAGCUCAAUGGAAAGUGUGUGGAGUUGGCUCCAGGCCCCGCACUCUUUUCUGGGGUGGAGCUUCCCAGCACCACCCCGAUCAAACAUGGCAGCCGCAGAAACAGCUGGAGCUCUGAUGAGGGUAUAGGAGAAGGUUUGGAGAAGGAGGACUGUGUGCAGGCUCUGAGUGGUCAGAUCUUCAUGGGAAUGGUGUCGUCCCAGUUUCAGGCUCGACUGGAUACUGUACGGCUCAUCGAGAACCUGGUGGGAGCCUGCAUACGCUUUGUGUACUUCUCAAUGGAAGACGAACUGCGCAGCAAAGUGUUUGCAGAGAAGAUGGGUUUGGAGACAGGCUGGAACUGUCACAUCUCUCUGACCCCAAACGGAGAUGGUCACUGUGAUGGUGCUCCGUCCAGCCCUAGCCAAGCAGGUUCCCUACAUGAUGAGCUUCUGCAAGAUUCUCGUGAUGAUGCAGAAGGCCCACUACUGCCAGAGGACCAAUCAGAUCUUGCCAGUUUUCAACCUACUGACAGCGAUGUGCCCAGUUUCUUAGAAGACUGCAAUAGAGCAAAACUGCCUCGUGGCAUCCAUCAGGUUCGUCCUCAUUUGAAGAACAUAGACAAUGUGCCUCUACUGGUGCCGCUGUUCACAGACUGCACCCCUGAAACAAUGUGUGAAAUGAUGAAGAUCAUGCAGGAGAACAGAGAGGUGACGUGCUGUUUGGGGAGCUCCGCAAACUUCCGCAACAGCUGCCUUUUCCUGCAGAGCGACAUUAGUAUCUCUCUUGAUCCUUUGUACCCGUCCCGCUGCUCAUGGGAGACAUUUGGGUAUGCUGCGGUCUGUGGGCUGAAUGAAGAAUGCGAUGAGCUUUCUCCACUGGGCCUCAGCGCUAGUCUCAACAGUCUCGCCUGCUCGGUGUCUUUCCAUCAGGGCGAGAGUGUCAGCAUGGUCAAACUCAUAGAGCAGGCGAGACACACCACCUAUGGCAUUCGCAAGUGCUUCCUCUUCCUCCUGCAGUGUCAGCUGACACUGGUCAUCAUUCAGUUUCUGGCUUGCCUUAUUCAGCUGCCUCCUCCCAUGAACAUCACAGACAUACUGUGGCUUUCCUGCUUCUGUUACCCUCUGCUCAGCGUGUCCUUGCUGGGAAAACCUCCUGACAGUUCGGUCAUGACAGUUGCCACUGGAAAGAAUUUGGACUCUAUACCACGCAAGACCCAGCACUACUUCCUGGGCUGGUUCCUGUUGAAGUUUGGUCUGACGGUGUUGGCCUACUUAGUCGGCUUCGGCUUUUCGCUACAGGAAGUUUGUUCUAGAGCAGCAAACUUCACGAAAACCGACAACAGCACUAUCAACUGCUCGCACAUACUCACAUCUAGCUCCCAGGGUGCCCCAGAGUGGUUUGGUGAAUUGUCCAAUGGGCUGCUUUUGAUUCAGAAGAUCAUGGCAGGUUUUCUGGCCUUGCAUACAGUGGUCAUCUCUUUCAGCUAUGUACACCGUUCACAACCCCUGUGGAGGAGAAACCCAUUCAGCAACACAUGGUGGUGUCUCACAGUGCCUGUGGUGUUGUUGGGACAGGUGGUGCAGGCUGUGAUUGAUUAUCAUUUGUGGAGGAACAGGAGAACAGAGGUGGUGUUCACUCUUCAUCACAUUCCCCUGAUGGUGUGGCUGUUGGUUUCUCUGUCCAUCGUGCUUGUGGUGCUAAUCAAUGAAGCAGUAAAACUGCAUGAAAUCAGGGUACGAGUGCGUUACCAGAAGAGGCAGAAGCUUCAGUUUGAGACGAAGCUGGGAAUGAACUCUCCUUUCUGACCCACGUCUGUCCUUGUCCUGUUGAUUAGAGUGAUGGAGUAGAUGAUGUUUCACAUGGCUCCAUUGAAGGCCACAGAGGGCUGUUUUCUUCAGUGUCUUUGAUCUGCGCUCAUCUGUACUGUGUGAGGGACGUUCAUCUGCAUGCUGCUGUGGUUUGGACAGGGUCAUUCAUUAAGGGAUUAUUUUAUUCUUUGAUUACCCUCGAAACCUCAAAACUGCAAGAUACAAGCAACAAACAGAGGGCUAAAUUAGCAUGAUUUUACAUGUAUUUUAGAUUUUGUGAAAUAAUAGGGUUUUAUCGAAAUCUUUUCAGUUUCGAACACAAAGAGCUUUGGUCUUAGUGUUUGUAUACAUUUUUAGUGCAGUUUAUUUACAUUGUCAGAAGAGCUUGUCGGAGCCUGUUUUAACAGGUUAUAAUGUGAAUGUCAUCGCCUCGACUUACCUCAUAUUCAGAGGGGGAAUAUUUCAUUCGUUUUUUAUUUAGUGAUGCACAAGUGAGUUUAUUUAUAACAAUAUUUCAGCUGUUUAGCUGAAAAACUUUGCUUCCAGAAUGUCAAACUAAUUCACUAGCUUACCUGCAAUCAGUUUUAUUUUCCAGAUCGAUAUCAGAUUAAAUGCAUGAACAUCUUU